AUGACUUCUUUGCCCACCACUCUCCUGGGACCCGAUGCCUCCAAAGCCGCCUUUCAGGACUUUUCUCCUGCCCCUCAGCCCCUACACUCUCUUUCCCCGUACCCCAGUGGUCUGCAGCUCUCGUCCCCUGAGCCCCCCCAGGGGCCCUACCCGGGAGCUCAGCAGCCGUACGGCUGCUCUGUAGGUUACCCUUAUGUCAACCCCACAGCCCCCGGCGGCCCCCACCUGCCUUACCAGCAGCCCGGGACCGCCUCGCUGCAUCUCCGUGGCCCUGCAGUGAGUCUGCAGGCUGUGGCAGACCUGGAGAAGCCACUUGGCUUACCACAGCCAGAGGGAUUCCAGUUGAAUGGCCGAACCAAGAAGCUUCGCAAGCCGAGAACCAUCUAUUCCAGCCUCCAGCUUCAGCAUCUAAACCAGCGUUUCCAGCACACACAGUACCUGGCCCUUCCAGAGAGGGCUCAGCUGGCUGCCCAGCUAGGCCUUACGCAGACUCAGGUAAAGAUCUGGUUUCAGAACAAACGUUCAAAAUAUAAGAAGAUCAUGAAGCAGGGCUCCAACAGUCAAGAGGGGGAGCUUCUGGGGGCCCUUCCAGCCCUAUCCCCACCCCUGCCUUCACUGUGGGAUAUGCCCAGGCCCAGGACAUUGCCUGAUGGGGGCUAUGUCAGCAGCUUUGGAACCUGGUACCAGCAGCAGCAUCCCCAGGAUAGCCUGGCAGCACCCCAGAUGUGA